AUGGCGGACUUUGAGGAUCGGGUGUCGGAUGAAGAGAAGGUAAUAAGUUGUCCGGGGAAGAGCAGAGGGCUGUUUCUGUGUUCUUCGGGCACAAAACGAUUAUUUUGUGCACAUAGCGAAGCGGUAUCCUCCUCCUUGGUUCUUCUUGCUGGUGUUUCUAAGGCUCCUGAAAGUGUGAAGCCUCGUGAGCUGAAGGUUCCUUUUACUUCCUCGAUUUCGAGAGACUCGUUUUCUCUGCUUUUUUCCCCCACCCGCCGUGUCUCUUUUAAUAAGUUCAACUGCAAGAACAUUCGCCAGUGCCUCUUUCGACUGAUGGGGGACUAAAUUGUAUGACAGGCUGUCCCCGAUUUCCCGUUUUAUUGACAUCUUCCUUUGCUUUAUGGGAAAAUGCAUACGCUCAUCUACGAUGCUGCUCUGAUCGCCUGAUAUUUAGUUACCGGUUUAUUUGUUUUACCGGUCCGGUAUUUAUUUACUACAUCUUAAUCUUGACUGUUUUAUCGUCACAACAACCUGUGGCGGGGAUUGUGCUGUUCUUGUGAAGUGACAACACUUAUGAACGUUAUAUUGCGCUUCUGCUGUUGCAGUGCCCCUUGAAGGAAUUCCCCAGUGUAGGAGAAAUCCCAAUAUUGUUAGCCUAACAAAAUAACAUUUCUUGCUAAGAAAUGUAGUAUUGAACCCACAGUACUCAUUUUGUUCUCUCAGGGACACAGGUGAGCGAUUUUUGUGGAGAGCUGAGGAGCAGUUUGAAAGGAUUGUUAUCUCCUAUGUAUAAAUUUCAUUGUUGACCCUGGAGAAACAGGUUUUACACGUUUCAAAACAAUUCGCCAGGGUCGGCAUUGGGGCAGAAGAAAUGUGUGUGCCAUAUAGGAAGCUAUAUUUCUCAAUCACUUUCAGCUAUCCUAUUUGGCAGGGGGUUGGACUCGAUGGCCCUUGUGGUCUCUUCCAACUCUAUGAUUCUAUGCCUGUCCAGUCUACAAACAUGUCUCUUGAUCUUUAAUGGAAUAUGCUUUUGACCCAGGGAAUUUUUUCUUUUGCAUUUCUGCUAUGCCAUCAGAGCACCUCUCACAUGGGAAGGAAUACAAAGGAGUGCUACAUCCAGGCUAUGGAAUUUGUUUGAUCAAAUAAUAGUAGGUGUGCUUAUACAUGAAUUAUAAAAAUGUAAGGAAAUAAUUGGCCUGUGCUUGAGGCAGGAGGUGGAAGCAGUUGAGUGACAGGAACAGUGUCAUACAGUUCAGUGUAGUUACGUUAGUUUUUUUGCCUUACUUGUGGCUCCUAGACACUUUCUGAGGAAAUACAAUCAUCAAACCUUCUAGUGUUCUAAUAAAGGUAAUCUUAUUUGCUUUCCACCCAAGUGUUUAGCUAGUGACUUGGAAGCAAAUGCUUGUUUGAUCUGCAACAUAGCUGAGAGAACCAUGCCAGGUAAAGAAUGGCAUGGGUGUAUGUGUGUGAGAGCGCAUACAUACUACUGCAGCUAAUACAGGACAUAUACCUACCUUUCUGUUUCUAAUCAGUUUUCUUCUAACUAAGUCACUUGCAAGGAAGUGGAAAUGCAAAAUGCUGAUCGCUUUACAGAUAGAUUUGAUGGACUCUUUUGCUCCUGGAGCUUUAUCCUAUAGUGUUCAAUUUGAGGGGGGGUGGAAUAUCCAUGAUUAUGACAUCUUGACAGCAGGAUAUGAGAAACAAGGUGUGUGAAUACUUGUCUGAGAUCGAACAUGGUAACUAGGCAGUUUCUUGUCCCUUCUUUCCAGUUGCACAUAAGCAAAUCGUGUAAGUAUGCACAUCAUUUUUGUAGCUCUUCUCUGGUCAUGAGCAAGCAUCUUAAAGCUAGUCAGAAAGCUAGGGAAACAGACAUCCACUCCAUUCAGUGAUUGCUGCUAAUCUGCAGAAGUUGCAUUUUUGCUUACUUUAGCUUACUUUGGCUACUAUGGCAGAUGACACAGAAAGUUGAACAGCAGCAAAUGAGACCUUGUUUUUAUACUGUAGGCCCAGUCUUGGCAUUUAAUGACUUAUAAAGUUCUGCUAAUUUCUCCACUGUCCAAAUGCUAUUCCUUUCAGUUUAUAGUACUUAAUUUAAAUCUGAGUGAAAACAGUUCACAAAGUGCACAUCAAAGAGUUCUUUAUGCAAAAUUACGGUAUUCGGAUAGUAAGGUAAAGGGACCCUUAUAGGUCCAGUUGUGGACGACUCUGGGGUUGCGGCACUAAUCUCGCUUUACUGGCCGAGGGAGCCGGCAUACAGCUUCCGGGUCAUGUGGCCAACAUGACUAAGCCACUUCUCGCGAACCAGAGCAGCGCACAGAAACACUGUUUACCUUCCCCCCAGAGCGGUACCUAUUUAUCUACUUGCACUUUGACGUGCUUUUGAACUGCUAGGUUAGCCGGCGCAGGGACUGAGCAACAGGAGCUCACCCUGUCGCGAUGAUUCAAACCGCCGACCUUCUGAUCGGCAAGCCCUAGGCCACAGCGCCACCCACGUCUCUUAUUCGCAUAGUAAAGAGAUGCAAAAAAAAUUGGGCUGAGGGCACCAUGAAACCUAGAAUCUGUAUAGUAAGAAAUUACAAGGAAGUGUUGAUUUGGAUACAUUGCAUAGUUUAAAACCUGCAGGUUAUGUAUUGGGAAUUUCAGCUUUAAAUUUAGUAAGAUUGCUGUAGGACAUGGCAAUGAAUUGCUAAUUCAGCAAAGGCUAGAAUUACUGUAGUCACAAUAUUCGAUUGCAGUCUGUCUGAAUAUGUAGAGUCUGCAUGUACCCAUGACAACCCAAAUACAGUAACAUUUAUUUUGGUGCAUUUUCUGCUCUAGAGAAGGGAAAUCAAUUUCUUCCAGCUUUGUUUUCAUGUGAAAUUGAAGCAGAUGGGGACCUGUCUGCAUUAGUACACUAAGAAAACAGAAGUCAAAAUUGCAGGUUGUUGAUAAGCUUGAAAAUAGUGCUUACCUCACCAAAUAACUAGAACUUUGCUCAGUUUAACAAAGGCAAAUGCAUUAUUUUUUAGCUUAGCCAUAGCUGCUAUGCCUUUAUUUUUCUAAAGAAAUAAUAUAAGGCUGUGUGAUUUAAUGUAUAUGUUUGUUUUUCCCUUGCAGCUUGGACACAUUCAUUGCUUGAUAUAGGUAUCUUGUCAGAGAGAAUGGAAAUGAAAAUAGAUUUCAGCACACUGAUGAACACACACUUUUUGAUUAGUUGAGUUUGGAUCUGAAAUCUGAAAACAAUCAAAAAAGUUUUAGUACCCGUGAUGAAUUUGAUAGGACUGUGUCCACAAUAGAUUUGUGUUUUAAUAAGUUGCUAUUAGUUGGAUUAUAAAAGACUGCAAAAGCGUUGUAUUCCUCCUCCUCCCACCCUGCUUUCAGUUUCUCACUUUGUCUGCUUGUUAUUUUUUGGGUACCCCUGAGAGAUAAUUGUAGGUGAAGAUGGUCAAAUGAGGGGAAAUGGAUCCGAUACUCUCCAUUGAAAUGAAUCCUGGUGCUUGUUAGACAAAGUAAUAUGUUCUUUGAGCACAGUAUUUGUAGGAGUGCUUUAAUGCAACCAGAGCGUCAUGCUUACUGCUUACAGAUGCACUUUCUAAUAAAAGCACAUGCUAUAGUUUGAAGGAGACUUUCAGCCAUCUAGGGCAAUGCUCGGGAAAGUCUUAGGGGAAAUUAUUUCUAGACGUUGCUUUUCAGUAAUUUUCACCAGGGAAUUAUUAAUGCCCCCCCCCCCAAUUGACAGCAGUGGCAGCUUGGUAGUGGUGGGAGGAUAUACUCCAUUCCUUGUUCUUCUUUUAUAUAGAUUCAUGUUUCAGAAUCAAAAUAUAGCAGUCCCUUUUCUUCCUUGGCAUUAUGAUAUGAUAGACACUGUGUUCCAGUUCUGUUACAUACACCAAAAGGCAGAGGAGGCUUUGUUCCCAGCUAUGUGCCUCUCAGGGCUACAUCUAUGUGGGUGGAGUUUGGGGGGGGAGGAGGAUAGGAGCAGGUUUCUUUUGGAUAAUAUGGUGCUGCAGUAUGUAUUAGGCCAACUUGUGUAGUGCUCUUAGAAUCAUGACAGUACAACUGUGCAUCUGUUUCAGGUCCAAUGAUGCUUACAUGGGGGGUUGGGAGAGGGGAAGUACCUCUAGUGGGGGGACACGAUGUUCUCCUUCUGGGGGUAGUCUUUCCACCUUUGGUCCCAGCCCUGCCACUCAGCUCUUACCUAGAAGCUGUCAGCAUGAGACAGCGGCCACACUCCAGGAAACAGCUUCAAAUGGCCGGCCAAACCAGGUGAGGGUGGCUGAUGAGUCUCAAACCCUACAUGGACUUCCCCUACAUGCAAAGACAGGUUCUGGUGAAAUGAGCAAAUGGUGGGUCCAGUGGUCAAGAAGGUAGUUUCUGCACAUGUUGUAGAGGGAAAUGAGGGGCAGAUGGGGCUCGUCUACCUCGGAAGGUAACCAUAGGAGAAGAAAUACAGUGGUAUAUGGGUUGACAAACGUAAUCCGUUCCGGAAGACCAUUCAACUUCCGAAAUCUUCAACAACUGAGACGCAAUGGGUGGUCAGCAAAUUCCAUUGAGAAAAUGGAGAAACAGGCCUUGGAAGCUGUUUGACUUCCGAGGCUCGUUCAAAAAUGGAAGCAUUCACUUCUGGGUUUUCAGCAUUCAGGUUCCGAAUCGUUCGGCUUCCGAGAUGCUCAAAAACUGAGGUUCCCCUGUACUCUGAUCCUAAACCUCUGCUGCCUUGAGGGGUAUCUUUGGGAGAAGAACAUGCUAAGGGAUAAACCCUCCACAAAUCCAGAAUGGAGUCCCUAAGAUGGUUGUAUGGCACCUUGUACAGCUAAGCUGGUGCCAAAUGUAUUGCUUUGCUUUCCUUUGGACCACAUCAGCGAGGAGUGUGUGUCUUAUCAUCUGGGCAGCCCAGGACCUCCAUACACAUUGCCCUGGCUUGCACCCUCAGGAGGUCACUUCACUGUUGGUAACACAGUGGUUUGACUUCACUCCCGGAGGCAUGCACCAUUCUCUCGAGACAGACGGAUGCCAACAACAACAAAGCUUGUUUUUAUCAUCUAACUAGGCAUGCUAAUGUUUAAAUACAAUAAAAUCUGCCUUGGAUCCACGUCAUGUGUUUUUUUCUCCUCUGACGUGUUAAAAUUUGGAAAAAUCAUAUAGAUAGUAGCUUUGUGUGAUGGUGGGAGUGUAUUUUUGCUGAGCCAAUGCCACUUGGGAAACUCGCAUAGAUCAACUUGUUCACUCACCUGUGUAGGACAAUUGAAUACAGGCAGUAACCCAGGCUUCCUCAAACUCGGCCCUCCAGAUGUUUUGAGACUAAAAUUCCCAUCAUCCCUGACCACUGGUCCUGCUAGCUAGGGAUCAUGGGAAUUGUAGGCCAAAAACAUCUGGGGGGCCGAGUUUGAGGAAGCCUGCAGUAACUAUUUCAUGCAGGGGUUCUGUUCCCAGCCUCCAUGCGUGUCAGUGGAGCAUGUAUAAGCAUGCCACACCCCGUUCCACCCUCUUCUGGGUCCAAAAGGACCCGCUCAUCAGCAAUCACAUAUCAGUUGGACCUGGCUAAAAUGGUCACCGCCUGUAUAUGAAGUGGGCUUUAAUAUCUAUGGCUGUAAUCCUAUGUUUGCUUCCCUCAGAGAAAGUUUUGUUGCUUUAUGUACAGUGGUGCCUCGCAAGACGAAAUUAAUCCGUUCCGCGAGACUCUUCGUCUUGCGGUUUUUUCGUCUUGCGAAGCAUGGCUAUUAGCGGCGCUUAACGGCUUAGCGGCUAUUAACGGCUUAGCGGCUAUUAACGGCUUAGCGGCUUUAAGAAAAAGGAAACGAACUCGCAAGACGUUUCGUCUUGCGAAGCAAGCCCAUAGGGAAAUUCGUCUUGCGGAACGACUCAAAAAACGGAAAACUCUUUCGUCUAGCGAGUUUUUCAUCUUUCGAGGCAUUCGUCUUGCGGGGCACCACUGUAUAUGUAUUACUUGCAAUGAAGUUUUUAUUCAACCAUCUUUUUAUAGCCUAGAAAACAUGAAACUUAUCCUAUAUCAAUCUCAAUCCCUUGUACUCAUUUCUAGUCUAGAUAUCCCUAAUAUCUCUUUAGAUUGGUAUCCUUUGUACUUUAGGAGGAAUUUGAAGUCCCUCAGACACCUCAUAACUGUUCUGAUUUAAUGCUGACCUGGAGCAUUUGCUUUCCUAACCAGGCAUCCUCUGCAAAUGAAUUGCAUCACGACUGUGGGAGAUAUGUAGUAAGCACAUAGAUGUCUGAAUCCCAUUAAAAAAAAACAAAAAAACCUUUGAGGCAAUCUGACAGAACUGCAGAUAUUCCUGAAGUCAACAGGAGAGUAUUAUUAUUACUUCUGCCAAAGUCUGCCAUCUUAUGAUCAAUAGUAAAAGAACUAUUACUUGAAAAUAUUUUUUUCACUUUGACUGCCAUUUGACUCAAUUUACUUGGAUGUUCAUUUGAUGUGAAAACUAGGCCUGUUGAUAUAUAACGUGGACCUUAGGAUAUCAGUCACAAAUUUUGGGGAUGUUAAAUUUUUACAUUGUGUACGUUUAUAUGGAAGAGAGGACAUGACAACAGAUAGUAGAUCAUAAGAAAUUUGUUUUAAUACCAGAAGGGACAAUCUCUCUUCUUUAGGGUAUCUAUACCUGUAGCAGUUGUGUUGAUGAGGAAGUUUCAACAUCAUAAUCCUGCAUAAAAUGGAAAAUCUGAAUCUUGUAUACAUGACUGGGAAAAGUACAGAAGCUCUAACUUAGAUUGUCCCCUGUGGUUUAAGUCUUUCAGUGACCCAUUUUAUGCAUGUUGCAGUUUGCUGUUGCCCACCCCCCAAAAGAGGAACAUAACUAAUUAGUUUGGGGUUUCUCAAAUGGGAUAACCAGGGACUUUCAAGGGCACCAGUUUGCACUGUUAACUGGAUUGCAAUAUGACUCUGCUGUGGCUGCACCUGUUGCAACCAUGCAUGUUGUGUGGCUUCAACUGCAGCCACUGCUAAAUAUCUGUUUAAGAGCACAGACUGAAGCCCAUCUGAUUUAUUUGCAGGUGCGUAUAGCUGCAAAAUUCAUCACUCAUGCACCUCCUGGGGAAUUCAAUGAAGUGUUUAAUGGUAAGUUAAAAAAACAAAAUGAUUCAUAUAAGUUCUCCAUUUUAUCAGUUAACAAAAAAAUCAUUGAAUGCCUAUGAGGCUAUACUGAACUAUUUAAGACCAAAGUUCUUGCUGUUGGGGUUACUGUCAUUCAGAAAUAGGGAAUUUGGUGUUUUUAAUAAAUAAACUCGCCUUUAAAAUGUCUUCUGUACCAAAAAUUGCGGAUUGCUUGUGAGUGUCUUGGCUUUUGGUGGUCUUGCAUUUUAUAUACGUAGGUCUGUCCCCAACAUCUUAUUUUUUGUGUGACAGGGCAAUUGGGGCUAUGCAAACAAAUAGCUGCUAUGCUGCUGCCUGAUUCAAGUAGCUGGGAAGGAAGAUAAAACUACAUAUGCUGCUUCCUGCUGAGUGAACAUGAAUGCUUUUGUGGUGCCAAUAUACAUGUAAAGUGGGAACUUCAGUUGUUACUUACUAUUUACUAAUUUUUUAUACCGCACUUCAUCCAUAGAUCUCAGGGCAGUUCACAGCAUAAAGUUACCUCCGGUAGUUCAUAAAGAAAAGGUGUUCAGGAGCAGCACUUGAACUGUCCAAGUAGCACUUGUAUUUUUGUCAACUGCCUCCUUAGUAACUUUCAAGAUUAUGGGUCUUCUCUGGAGCCAUUCAUAGAAAUGCAAAAUUUCGCACACAAAACUUAUCUGUCCUCCAGUGUGCUCCUUUUUGGUAUCCAAUAUCAUUGUAGUAGAGAAUUCCAGCCUGGUUUUUGUUUAAGAAAUAAAGGGGGUGGGGUUCUGAUUCCCACCCGGCCAGUCAGCUGUUUGCUUAGGUUCCAUCUAAAAAUGGGUGUAUAAUUGAUUUCCCUCCACUCCAGUCUGAAUAGUUCUUUAACUCUUUGAAACCUAAUCCUUUGACAUAUACUAUACUAAGAAAAAUACUGCCUCAAAAGGAAAUACCUUUCAGAAGUACUCACUAUAUCAGAGGAUAUUCUAAAUGCAACACACUUUCUUUAUUUUUCUGUUAGAAGCUCUCACAUUCCUAAAAAAUGAGAACGAUUUUUUGUCAACAAUUUUUUUUGUAUCCAAUCCAAACAAUUUGUUGUUCAAACAUUUAUCUGUGUGCUAGUAAACAUUAUAUUGAAGCAGUGCAAUUGUUGCUCAUCUGUAUGAAUGUUUUCUUCUUCUUUUUUAGAUGUCCGGUUGCUGCUUAACAAUGACAAUCUUCUUAGGGAAGGGGCAGCCCAGUAAGUACCCCUUAUUUUAUGUUAAGAUCCGUGUUGCCUCAAGCUAUGCAAUUUGUUCAUAAACCACUUCAGUAAAGCUUGAAAUAGGAGGGAUGGAGGGAUUGUUGAAUAUAAUUGUUUCCAAUACUGAAGUGAGUUUGUUCACUAUAAACCUGCCAACUAUAGAAAUUGUAUGCUUUCUGCAGUGGUGAAAUAUUAAUAGAGGCCCAUAAUUUGCAAAUAUGUUUGAACACAGUAGGGCUAUGUGUGUUUUCUUUCUGCAGAGUCAGGAUCUAAUAUUUCCUUACUUGUUUUCUGUCUCUUACAGUGCAUUUGCCCAGUACAACAUGGAUCAGUUCACUCCUGUGAAGAUAGAAGGAUAUGAUGAUCAGGUAAAUUAUUCUCCUUUCGAUUCUCCAUGGUGUUUGCAUAUUGAACUUCAUGUGUAACUAGAUAUUAAGACCUCCUCUGUGCCUGGUCUCCCCUGCCUCUCUUUAUGCUUGCAAAAUGCUUGUUCUUGUGGGAAUGAUUAAAGGUUGGAGAUCUUGGGAUGUCAUUCAGCUUGCAUAUAUUGGCACUGGACAUCACGUGUGUGGUGAAGGAGAGAAUUUUGAGCAUGCCUGUAUUUUAAUGCUCUAUAAAAAAGUGUAGUUUUUAAUAUGUGGCGCAGUGCUGCAUUAAAGUAUUGAAUCUGGUGAGAAGCUGGAAAGAUUAUGGCUGGCUUCACUGCUUGCUGCCCAAAACCUCCUCCAACUCCCCCUGCAGGAACAGGAAGCUCUAUAGCCUCAGGAGGGGUGGAAUAGGGUGAAGACAAGACUGCACCCCAGCUAAGGGGAAUGUGACUUCUGGCUACAUGUUGGGGAAAGCAAGCAGGUGAUUCAUCAUGUGCACAAGCUUUCCUUAAAGGUGCUUCAACCAUAUGUUCCCUCCUCCUGCCAUACCUCUUGCCAUCUCGUUACUCACCCAGAGGACUGAAUCGUCAAGCAGCAACUAAGCAUGGCUGGCUUUAAUGCCUUUAAGGCAGUAUCAUCUUGAAUAAACUGUAGGUAUCCAGCACAGCCUUGAAACCUCUUCAGGUCUGAAGGUGGACUUGAUACCAGCAAGGUAGUGAAGCAAGAAGAGGACAGCUGGAGCAAAGGGAGAAAACGCUUCGUCAAGGGCAUUGAGGUGGAGUGACAAUGAUGGGAGGGGGAGGGCUUACCAAGUUUUGUGGAGAAUAUACUAAUUAAUGUUGAGUUUGAAAAGAGAUAUAAGGUUUCCUGUUCAGCAAAGCUGUUGAGUAGUCUCUUCCUUGAGGAAGAUGCUUGCCUCAUAGGGGUUUUCCACCUUCCCAGGAAGCUAGUGGUGGUGCAGGGUUACACAUCGGCCACUGAUAUGAUCCAGUUUUGUGCUUCUGCCUUUCCUUAACUUGGCCCUUUCAGAAUUGGGUUACUUAAUGCUUCUCAAGGGUCCCUCUUGCAAACAGAGAAGGAUCUAUUUAUUUAUUUUUUAAUGUACAGUGGUACCUCGGUUUAAGAACAGCCCUGUUUACAAACUCUGCAAAACCAGAAAUAGUGUCCCAGUUUGCAAACUUUACCUUGGGUCUAAGAAUGGAAUCCAAACAGUGGAAGGGCACCAGUGGCGGGAGGCCUCAUUAGGGAAAGUGUGCCUCAGUUUAAGAACGAUUUUGGUUUAAGAAUGGACUUCCGGAAUGGAUUAAGUUCGUAAACCGAGAUACCACUGUACCUGAAACAAGAGCCAAGGAAGCCUGUAAGAAGGUGCACUCACAAUGGCUUGCCAGUGUUCUAACUAUAAUAGUUUUUCUUUUUUUCUUUUUAAGGUUUUAAUUACGGAACAUGGUGAUCUUGGUAAUGGUCGAUUUCUAGACCCAAGGAACAAGCUUUCCUUUAAAUUUGAUCAUUUAAGGAAAGAAGCAAGUGAUCCCCAGCCAGAGGACACAGAUGCAGCGCUGAAGACCUGGAGGGAUGCCUGUGAUGGUGCACUAAGGGCCUAUGUGAAAGAUCACUAUCCACAUGGCUUCUGUACUGUUAAGUAUCCAAUGUUCUUCUCUGUUGACUCAUUGUUCUUAUGUUGACUAAUGUAAAGAACAGAAAAAGUUUGACUCUACCAGUGACAUAGAUGUCGUUAGCUAACAUUAUUAGCACUUUGUUUUUUCUGUGUUGCAAUGGGAGGUUAAAAAAGUGUGUGUGCUACUUACACAUGGCCUAGAAAUAUGAAAGCUGAAUUAAAUAACCUUGAAAUGUAUUUUAUAGGCUUCAAGCAACUCCAGCAUCUUCCCUAUUCUGGCUACAAAAUGGAACCAAAAUAUUCCCUCCCUUUCCCCCUUGACAGAAGGACAAGUGUAAAAUGGUGUUGUGCUUAAAUGACAUACAGUGUAUGUCUGACAUUUAAACAAAAUGGAAGAGAAAUCCAUUUGGAUAUGCAGGCAAAAAGGGAGUAUAGGAUAACAAAUUGGCACCCAAGUAACACAUCAUUAGUCAAUAAAGCAGGCUGUUGUGUUUCAGCCUGAUGCUCUUUAGAACUGGUUUUACCAAGAAAUUGGGUUCCCUUUGGAUGUUACAGCUGUUGCAUGGGAGCUGUUUUUCCAUGGGUUUAUUACAUAGUAUUGAUAGUAUUGAUGCACUAUUUACAAGUCUGCCAGCACAUGGACAGGACCAUUUGCAUAACUCUUGCUGCACAAUUGUCAUCUGACUGAAAUUGAGAUGACAGUUGGGUGGCAAUUUGUCUGCUGCUCAUGGUGGUGGGCCAUGCCUGGAAUAAACCUACAGAAAAGUGUAUCCCACUCUGCUGCUAUAAUAUCUAAAGCCAGGUGAGUUUGAAGUUUUUGUGUUCUCUUAUGUAAGCUUCUCUCCUGGAAAUAGGUUUACAGUAAGACAAUAGAUGGGCAGCCAACAGUCAUUGCUUGCAUUGAGAGUCACCAGUUUCAGCCCAAAAACUUCUGGUAAGCAUGUCUCUGAUACAUAAUCUUUAUUCAGCACAAAUUAAUCCACACUGGUCCAUCUUAUCCUUCAUGGCUUGAAAAAGGGAACUAUCUACUGUGACUUAAUGGACCACCUUCCCUGGAAGUUUAAAUUCCUCAGGGGCAGACCUGCUCUUCUUUGGACCAAACUAUGUGGACAUUAAAAAUGCAAAUAACAUCAGGUGGGGGCUGAUAAUCUUAAUCGUAGCAGGUGUAGAGGGGGGAUUUAACCCUUCCAUCCUUUGAAGCUGGCAUUUACAUUUGUGUGAAAUCACCCAUUGGCAUUAAUAGGGGAUUUCCACCCAGAGCAAGUCUCACCUUAAAAGGAAGGAUUUCCCUCAAAACCAAAGCACAUGAUGAAAGGCUUUCUUUGUCACCUGUGAUCCUGAUAAUCAUAUCCCAUCUAUGGUCUCAGAAUUUUUUAAAAAACCAACCUGCAUGUGAAAGACAAGGAGGCAUUUAAUAUCUAAUUUAGCUGAAUCAGAAGAGAGGCAGUAGCCUUACUUGUUUCAAAGCCCAAAGGCCUUAACUGUUGCUUUAAUCUACUGUCAGAAUAAAUUACCACAGGCAAAUGAUUUGUGUUUUGGACUAAGAGCACACUCCUAGUGCUCUUUUGUAUAACUCAAUUUUGCCUAUUUUGUUAUAAUUAACAAAAACAGUAGUUCACUGGAAGCUCUGCUUUCAGAAUGUGGAUAGAGUUCAGCUGUGAAGUAAUGUUCAUCUGCAUAGGAGUUGUCAGCUAUAUAAAUUCCAAGCAAAUAUGCCUGAACAAGUGAGACCAGUAAACAAUUAGCCUGCUUCAGUAAACCUAUGGUGGAGGGAGGACUUGUCCAGUUCACUUUUGCUCUAAGGAGCUAUUUGGUCACUGCAAGUGUCUGCUCUGUUUCUGUGUAGGAAUGGGCGCUGGAGGUCAGAAUGGAAGUUUACCAUCACACCACCUACAGCUCAGGUGGUUGCAGUGCUCAAGAUCCAGGUCAGUUAUACAGAAGCAAUGCCAGCAAAUGCAAUGAGGCUUCCUUCAGCAGUUUCUACAUGUCUUGGCUUAAAGAAAACCUUUCGGUUUAGUCUAGAAUGAUGAAAUUAGUGCUUUGUUGGUUGGUACCUUCCCAGAGUAGAACUUUCGAAGCUACAAGUUAACAUGCCUGACUGCAUAAAAAGGCUCUCACUGAUUUGCAUAGCCAAGAUGAAAUGUGCUGGAGCAUGAUGCAGCCCCACUUUGGUGUUUAAGGCAACAAAGCCCUGUAUUCUGCUUUUAUCUACAAUACAAUUGAAAUUGAGACUGAGCCUUUUUAAAAGCUUAUCGGCGGCAAAGUCUUUGUCAGGAUUCUUCAUGAUACAAUGGCUGUUCAAAAAGAAAGAUAUUAGUUGGAUCGUUUUUUAAAAGACUUUUGGGAAAUGAUGCAUAUUAUGAGAAGAAGCUAAACUGCUGUUGAGAUGUUUAGCUUUGGGGUUGGGAGCUGGAGCUUUCCCUUCUGCCUGUACAAUACUUAGCACAACAUAGUCCCCCAGGCAGAGGCUUAAAUACUGCUUAAAACUAUGGGUUUUAUUUUAAUCUAGGUGCAUUACUAUGAAGAUGGUAAUGUGCAGCUGGUGAGUCACAAAGACAUACAGGAUUCUGUAGCAGUGUCGGUGAGUGCAGCAAGUUUCCUUUAUACUACAUAUAAUUUUGCUUUCAAACCUGGGGGGGGGGGAGGAGAGAGGGAAGGCUUUCUUAGGAUGACAUUUUCAGUUCCCUUAGAAAUUUACAUGCAUAGCCCCUGCAGAUAUUCAUGCCUAACACAUGGAUAUCGGGGAGAACUGUGUGACCUUGGGAGUGGGACUGUUUCUAUCACUCAGGCCAAACUCAAAUAUCCAAGCAGUUCCUGAUGAGUGUUUGUGGGCAGCAGGGCAUUUGUAAGAAACACUCCAGGCUUCAGGAAGUAUUCUUUCUCCAGGCUUAAUGUCAGGAAAACAGCUUUAUCUACAUGCUGUGCCGCAUGCAUACCUUCUCUCAAUAUAUUUUAUCACAAUCCCAGAAUUGCAAAGAAACCAUGUUUUUAUUGAACCAUUAUAUAUAGUGGGAGGGUGGAGUGGGGUUUUUCUCAGAAGGGUCGUAGGAGAUGGGUGAUCUGAUAUAAUGGUCUGGUGUUUCAGUGUAUCUGAAGUACAUGCACACGAAAGCUUAUACCCAGAACAAACUUAGUUAGUCUCUAAGGUGCUACUGGACAAAUUUUUUAUUUAUUUCGACUUUGUCAGACCAACACAGCUACCUACCUGAAUCUAGUUCCAGAUUACAUAUCAUCAUUCCCUGUUCCCAAAAUUUUAAUCUUCAGUUUAUUGCUGGGGGAGGUGGAGAGAGAGAUCAGGUCACAUGUUUGAUCUCUUAAGUUGUAUUUUCCUACAAAGGACAGCAGUCUCUGCCUAAAACUUGCUGUUUUUUCACUAUGUAGCAAAGGAAUUUUAAAACAUUCACUGUAGUGGUUUUCAAAACACUAACAGGUACACUAACCAAUUCCAUUAGUCAGUAAUUCGUUUAAAAAUAAAUCAAAAUAUAAUGUCUAUAAUUGACUAUAUCUUGAGGGAUUGGGAGCUGUGGUACUCAUGUUCACUCCAAAGCUUGGGUGGGAAUGUGAGUUCCCCAUGGAACUUUUAGAUGUUGACCAUGUGUUGAUAUGCUAAUUGUUGCCUGUUCAUCUUUAUAGAAUGAUGUCCAAACAGCCAAGGAGUUUAUUAAAAUCAUUGAGCAUGCAGAAAAUGAGUACCAGGUAAGAGUAUUGUUCUUUAACAAUAUUUGUUUUAAAUUAACACCUUUAGAUUACAGAAAGAACAUUUUAUUUUCUAAGCUGCAUCCAUUUAUUGCAUUUAUAUCCCACCUUUGUUCUGUAAUAGAACUCAAUAGCUUUCAUUGGAUUCCUAUGCAGUCUGUCGCCCAGGCACUGCCUAGACCUGCCAAACUUCAGUAAGGUUCCCAUGUUCAAGGCCCUUCAUGCAAUGCCCUAUGAUAAUCGGUGUAUUAUCUCCCCAUUUAUGUAUUUAUUUAGUUACUGGAUGCACCAUAACUGACAAGGAAUGUAGUUUUUCUUCUCUAUACAGUCAUAUAUGUGUGUGGUGCCCAUUGGGUCUGGUAGGAUCGAAGGCAAAGAAGCCAACAGGAGGUGGAGCCAGAGGCAAUGACAGGCAGAGCCAACUGAUCUUAGUUUUGUUCCCCAUCCACCUCCUUGCUAAGUUCUGCAAAGGCAACACUGAGACUGAGGGGUAAGAAGCCAACAGCCGCUAUCACCUCCUGGACUGGUUGUAAGAUGGGGGGGUGGCUAAGGAGGAAACGUUAGUUGGUGGGACAGUGCCUCAAUUGUCCUAAUGGACCAGCCUCCACUGCAAGCAUAAUUACAGGGUUUAUAUAAUUAUACAAAUUGCCUAAUAAAGAAAGAUCUGGGGCAGGAUUUAAAAGUGAAUAUAACGAUAGAAUAGAACUAUAAAGAGUAGACUUGAGAACAGAAACUCAUGAGCAACAAUUCUUUUCCCCAUUCCCAUCCUUAAUUAUUUGACUCAUAACUCCAGGAAAUGGAUACUUUCCCUAUCAUGGUACUGUACACUAGGGGCCUGGUUUCUGACCUGGCUCCCUCCCCACCCCCAAUGAAGUAGACAGUAGGGCAUGACUAUGUUGGUAAGUUAUUUCAGAAUAAUGUGCAAUUGUCUGUAUUUCCAGAACAUAAGCCUGUAGGUUAGGCACAGGGAACCUCUAGCCUGCCAGGCUUCUAAAUCUGGCCCCUAGUGCUCGCGCUAUACCGCACCCUUUAUAUAUAGUGGUACAAAUUCAGACACUUACCUUACAUGUCUACUGGAUACAUCUACAAUUUCCAGGGACAUCAUACAGUUGUCAGUGUAUUUAUAUCAUGAUCAAGAAAGUUAUAAGCUACUUAUCUCUGGUUUGCAGAGAAUCACAGAUUUAGAGAGCCAGCUUUCAGCUGUUACAAUGGGCAGCGACACUUCUACCUGUGGACUUUGUGCCCAUGUCUGCCGUCAUGAGCAGUGUGAGCUAUAGGAAUUUCAGUGAUCUCAUUCAAAGGUUCAAAGGUUGCUGCACUGGUGCAGUCAGCGUUCCAUAUGCAGGAGGAGAGGGGGAAGUAUCAUAGCAGAACUGGAGGAAACAAUACACUUGUCAUUCAGAAUUAGAGUGGCUCCAAGUACACAGUAGAGUGUUGAAGCCCUGUCCAGAUCAGUAUGUGGCAAUAGUAUUGACAGUCUUUAGACCGUGUUAAGUAGGGUGUGGCAGCAGAUCCAUUGUGUAGGAAGAGGCUAUUUCUUGCUUUUGAAAUCCAAUCACUCCCAUCCUUUUUUUUCCCUACAUGAUUGCAACAAUUCUGGAUUUAAGCACAUGGAUCUUCUGUUACCACUAGUCUGGCUCUUGGUUGUCAUUGUUAACCAUGCUGCUCACCCUAAGGUUCCAGGUGGAUUGCAACACUUUAAACUACAACAUGAAAAACAGUUUUAAAAUUUACAAUUACAAAAAUUACCAUCCUAAGAAAUAGUGUGGGUCCUGAAAAUAUACAUUUCAUGUGGGGUUCUUUUUAAAGGAACAAAGGACGCUGCCUUGUACAGAGUCAAAUCAUUGGUUCAUCUAACUCUGCACUGUCUAUACUGACUGGCAGGGUUUCAGGCAGGAUACUUUCCCAGCCCUACCUGAAAGUGCUUGAGAUUGAACCUAAAACCUGUAUGCAGAUACACUACUAAAGAAGUGUGGCCUUUCCCCAAAGAAAGGAGUCCUAAUGUUUCUUUCUUUGCUGUACAGUGUACUAAUUUCAUGGGUAAGCAUUCACUCAGAAGCUUGCAUUGAGGUGACAUAGAAAGGCUAUACUGUACAGUCGUACCUCGGCUCCUGAACGCCUUGGGAGUUGAACAUUUCGGCUCCCUGAUUGAAAACCGGAGGUAAGCGUUCCGGUUUUCGAACGUUCUUUCAGAAGCCGAACACGGCUUCCAAUUAGCUGCAGGAGCUUCGUAUCAAUCAGAAGCUGCGUAUUGGAAGUUGAACAUUUCGGAAGUGGAACAGACUUCCGGAACAGAUUCUGUUCGACUUCCAAGGUACAACUGUACUUCUACCACUUGUUUGGCCAUGUUGGCUGAGUGAACCAAGGGGUAGCUAAAACAUGUCAAGAGAUAACCAGUCUUAAGGGAACUUGUUUAUGUAUCAUCAAGCUCUAACCUCUAGCUCACUAACUUGUUUACAGACAGCAAUCAGUGAAAAUUAUCAGACAAUGUCAGAUACCACGUUCAAAGCCUUACGUCGCCAACUGCCUGUCACCCGCACCAAGAUUGACUGGAACAAAAUCCUCAGCUACAAGAUCGGCAAGGAAAUGCAGAAUGCUUAA